UUUAUGUGUGCGGUGGGAAACUACUCCGUGACAUCACCGAAAAGUCCUGAUAACCCGCGUCCUCUCAAUGUUUUCAAUCACUUGAAAGCCAGAUGGCAAAGUCUCUGCAAACUACCUGACGAACUCAGCACACAUGGCUGUUCUAUGUGUGUCGUACACAACUCCUUGGUCAUCAUAGGCGGAUAUACAAACGCACAGAGGGAAAGUGUACAAAGGGAGGCCUUUGUUUAUGACCCCCUAUUCAACACAUGGUCGACUUUCCCGCCUCUUUCAACGCCGAGAGCUUUGUUAGGGUUGGCUGUGGUGGAGGAGCAUGACGUCAUCUAUGCAAUAGGUGGCUCUAUUGUGAAGAUGGACCUCAGUGGACAUCCGUUCCCAGAACCGCUAGCCUGUGUAGAAGUGUGCGACCUGAGAAUGGGAACAUGGAGGGAGGGACCCAGGCUGCCCAAACCCAUCGUCAGAUCGAACGCCGUCACGUGCAACAACACGGUUUACACGAACAUCUCCUCACCGCAAAGUGACGUCAUCUACAGUCUUUCAACGGAGAAAUACAAGUGGGAGAGACUGACCGUCGUUCCCAGGAUAAGGUUCGUCACCUCCAUGACGUCAUGGGGAGAGAAGCUGUUUGUGAUUGGUCAGAGAGCACAUGAUUUCGAGGUUGACCCGAUGUGCUUUGACCUUGGAUCUGAGGAAUGGACGACGCUAUUGUAUCGUCUGCAUGUCCCCCAGCCCCUCAGGGUUGAGGAAACGCCGUGUUUUGACGAUUUCACAAUAGUGUCAAAUGGCGGAGAGGGAAGUUAUCUGUAUAUUCUGACUCAACAUAUGACGCAUAGAUAUAACCUUGCUGAGGAAAAGUGGGAAGAUCUGGGUUUUCCUGGGUGUCCUGGGUCAGGGUCCUACAGGGUGGUGACCUUGCAUGUUCCAGUAUCAAAAAUGGCGCGCUUUCAGCACUGACAGUUUCAAUGGUUGGCGAUUAUUAGCUUCUUUAUAAGUUGUAUGUUACUCGCUGUGUAUUCCAUGGUCUGUAUUACUUGUAAGAAUAAUUUUGAGGAACAUUUCAAGGUGUCACUUUGGGCAAACUCACGAAUUUUUCAGAUCAAUGAAGCAUGCUAUUGCCAAUUAUUGGCAGAGGUUCCUCAUUUACAUGUAUCUCCAGUCAUACCACAAUUGUUCUUCAGUAUCACAUGAAUAACACCGUUAAGUUGAUAGCCACCAAAUAUGACGUAGAUUUGGCGUCUUAUGUUACAAAUAGGCAAACAGUUAUCCCUCUUCCGAAGGGCAUUAAGGUUUAAUUGAUUAGGCUUUAUUGUAAUCUAAAUAAUUGUAAACGAACCAACUGGAUCAUACAUUUAUAUGAUGUAAGGUGCCUAUAGAAUAGGACACUUUGGCGUUUUUUUAAGAUUACACACUAGCUAACGUUAAAUCAUUUUGUAGGGAAAUGAAGACAGGAGAUAGUUUGUCACGGAGGUCCAACUUUAUUCUAAAAGCCUGUAAGUAAGCAGCCAUCAAAAGCACAAAGUAUUAAUCAUUCGAAGUGGUGAUACGAGCUUCCAUACAUGACAUCAACUCCUGACAGAUAACGGUCUUAUGAUCAGUUGUCUGGUCAAUAUAACUGUAACAGUCGGUGUUGAUAUCCUAGAAAAUCAUAGGGAAUCCGUUGCGAUAUUACAAUGAUGUGUGAUAGAAUAGUAUUUGUCUCUUGAGUAUAUGUAUACAGAGGUUUAGUCCCUCAAUAAUCUCCAUUCGCUGUUGAU